GAAGGAAUCGCAAGUUGGUGAUUUGAGAAAAAUUUUAAAGCUGUAGCAGACAGAAACCUCCAAGGCCAAGUCAGAGCUGAAGGCCUCAUUAGAGGAAAUUGAGAAACUUAAAGCAGGUUUUCAUAUUGAGAGAGCCACCUAGGAGACUGACAAGGCUGCUCUAACAAAAAAGGCCGAAGAUGCUGAAGCUGCACUUAAGCCGGUAACCAAAGAGUUAUCCGGCUUAAACAACACAUCACUCAGAUGAUAGCCGCCAUCUUCGGCCCCAGGAGUGCAAGUCUUGGUCAAGACAUGUUAUUGAAGUUGAAGGCGAUUUACUCUCUAACAGAACAGUUAUACAGUGGCACUCUCCGCGGUCUUGUGGCUUUAGGAGGAAACAGAAAACCGCCGAGUCAAAUCAAGACUAUUCUGGAUCAUCUGUCAACAUUCCCAAGCCAGAUUGAAGAAAUAAAAAUAUCAGCCGCCCGAGCCGAAGCCAUUGUUGCUCUUGGCCGGGCCCAAGCAUGGCAAUCUGAGCAUGACCCGGAGGAUAUAGCCACCGAAUGCCCGGAAUUCAAGGAUGAUCAGUCAACUUUUGAAGAAAAAGACUUCAAUCCAUGCGUUCGAGAGAUGCGGCCCGUGGCCUGCAAGCUCAUUGAAGAGCUAAACUUAAACAAAUACACGCCGGCUUAUCACAACAACAACCAGAAGAUUAAGCUGCCAGCUCAUGAUGUUGUCAAUCUCAUUCCUCCUCGGCUGUAACAUCCCAAAUUUUUAAUUUGGAAUGUUAUACAUAGAUCAUUCAUGCAUA